AGAAGAACUCCAAAUACGAGAAGAAGUCUCGGCCUUUUUUCUCUUGAUGCCAUGCCCAUCGCAUUUCCCCAUUUCCUGUGCCAACCUCCAGAAGAGGGAAGGAGAAGAACAGCAGAUGCAAUGCUGUUGGUCACUUAUCAGCGGUUGCUGACACUUUAACUCCCUCCCAUCACCAGUCUCUUCCUUCUCUUCGGCUCAGACGGGUCCUUCGUCUGCUUGAUCGUUACUUGGAUUCAUCAUGGCAUCGAUGGAGGUGGUGGAAGUGGACGAGAGAUUGCUGUGGGAAUCGGAAGAGCCCAUCUCCGAGAAUGGAGGUGAUGGACCAUACACGGGGGAUGGAUCAGUUGACAUCAAAGGCAAUCCUAUCUUGAAGCACCACACAGGAAAUUGGAAAGCUUGCUUCUUCAUCCUGGGGACUGAAUUCUGUGAACGGUUGGCAUAUUUUGGAAUAGAAAAAAAUCUAGUGACUUUUCUCACAACAAAGCUACAUGAAGGUAAUGUUUCUGCAGCAAGAAAUGUUACUACUUGGGAAGGCACAUGUAAUCUUUUACCCCUAGUUGGUGCUGUGCUAGCAGACUCAUACUGGGGAAGAUAUUGGACAAUAGCAGCUUUUCUGGCUGUUUACCUCGUUGGAAUGGUUAUUUUAACACUUACAGCAUCAGUUUCUGCACUUACGCCUCCUGCCUGUGUUGGGUUUGUUUGCUCAGAAGCAAUCUCAGCUCAUGUGCUAUCCUUUUUGGGUCUUUAUCUAAUUGCAUUAGGGAGUGGUGGCAUCAGACCUUGUGUUUCAUUGUUUGGAGCUGACCAGUUUGAUGAUACCAAUCCUCUGGAGAAAGUGAAAAGAGGCUCUUUCUUCAAUUGGCUUUCUUUCUCUGGAAGCUUUGGUUCUUUCAUAUCAGCCACGUAUGUUGUUUGGGUUCAAGAUAGUUAUGGGUGGGGCUUGGGAUUUGGCAUUUGUGCCCUAUCCAUGGGUUUAGCUGUUGGUAGUUUUUUCUUGGGCUCUGUAUUUUAUAGAUUUCAACAACCCAGAGGAAGCCCUCUUACAAGAGUGUGCCAAGUCAUUGUUGCAUCUCUUCGCAAGUGGAAUAUAGAUAUUCCUCAUAAUGGUUCUCUCCUUUAUGAGCUACCUGGUGAAACCUCAGCUAUCAAAGGAAGCCGGAAACUGGAGCACACUGCUGAAUUCAAGUUCUUUGAUAAGGCUGCCACUACAUCAAACACUGAUGAUAAGUGCAAAAACCUUCAUAAUCCUUGGAGGCUCUGUACUGUAACACAGGUGGAAGAACUGAAGAUAGUUCUUAGGAUGCUCCCAAUACUGGCAGCUGGCAUAAUAUUCUAUGCUGCCAAUGCACAAGUAUCUUCCAUGUUUUUGGAGCAGGGGAUGUUUCUUGACAAAAGCAUUGGUUCUUUCAAUAUCCCUCCUGCCUCUUUAUCAACUUUUGUUGUCAUCAGCAUCCUCAUAUGGAUCCCAAUUUACGAUAUCAUUCUUGAACCUUCUGCAAGGAGGUUCACUGGCAAGGAGAGAGGCUUUUCACAUCUGCAACGGAUUGGAAUUGGUUUGUUCAUAUCUAUACUAUCGAUGGUAGCGGCAGCUUUGGUAGAGGGAAAGAGGUUAGAGAUUGCAAAGGCUGUUGGUUUAGAACAUCAGGAGGUUCCAGUGCCAAUGAGUAUUCUGUGGCAAAUUCCGCAAUAUUUCUUGAUAGGUGCUGCUGAAGUUUUUACUAUAAUUGGGCAUGUUGAGUUUUUUUAUGACCAAUCCCCAGAUGCCAUGAGAAGUCUAUGCACUGCUCUUUAUCUUGUAACAGUUUCACUGGGGAACUACUUAAGUUCAUUGGUUCUGAGCAUUCUGACCUCCAUAACGACACAAGGUGGAAAACCUGGAUGGAUUCCAGAUAACUUGAAUGAAGGGCAUCUUGAUUAUUUCUUUUGGUUUAUAGCUGGACUCAGCUUCUUGAACCUGUUGGUUUUUGUUUAUUGCGCUAUGAGGUAUCAGUACAAGCAAGCCUUUUGAGCUUGAUCUGGAUGAUGGUUGGCCCUUGAAACCUUACAAAUGGGUUUCAGUGAUCUGGGAGUAUAUGCCAUAAACAAUAUUUGGUGUUUAACUAGCAAUGCUGCUUCUCUGCUUUUGAUGUCUAUUGUACGGUUUUUCCAAAAACCUGCAUGUUGAAAUAAUCAGACAUAUGCUCAUUUGCUUGUAUGAUUCUAUCAUCUUGUUGCAUAUGAUACUGAAUACUGACAAUGAGUAGGUGGUCUUUUUGUGAUA